CUUUCUCUCUCUCUCUCUCUGUGUUAUGUGUGCCAUGGACUCAGCCCAGGAAUAUUGACAAUAGGGUGAACCGAUUUAAUUGCCCUAAAUAAAAUUUAAAUAAACAACAAAUCCAUCAGAAAGGACGGAUAAGCCGGAAAGCACGACUUUAAACGCCUGGGAUUUCUACCGACCUUUUAGGAAAUGUGUUCAUUUUAACAACAGCAGCUUUCUUUUUUUACGCAUCCAUUGAUGGGAUUAUUUCACUAGAUGGUUUAAAGAUUGGCGUUUUUAAGCCAUAUUUUUUUCUCCAUCUGUCUGCUUUCCAGUAAAGCAUUUAAACAGGAGCGGGAAGAUAUUAUUUUUAAUGUAAAGUAAACAAUUGACGCCAAAAACAAAGUGUUUAUACGGGAUCACUACUCCUACUAAUCACCUCCGUUCCCCCGAAACACAGAGGAUCGAUAGGGCUAUGUCCUCAGCAGCCACCUCGCCACCGUCAGUGGACAAAGUGGACGGGUUCUCCCGAAAAUCGGUCAGGAAGGCCAAGCAGAAGCGCUCGCAGAGUUCAUCGCAGUUCCGCUCUCAGGGCAAACCCAUCGAGCUCAUUCCCCUCCCUCUGCUCAAAGACGUCCCUGCUGUGGAGCAGCCGGAUUUGUUCCUGAAGAAGCUGCAGCAGUGCUGCACCGUGUUCGACUUCAUGGACACGCUGUCCGACCUGAAGAUGAAGGAGUACAAGCGCUCCACACUCAACGAGCUGGUGGACUACGUGACGGUGAGCCGAGGCUACCUCACCGAGCAGGCCUACCCCGAGGUCGUCAAAAUGGUGUCAUACAACAUAUUCCGCACUCUUCCGCCCUGUGACAGUAAUGAGUUUGACCCAGAGGAGGAUGAACCCACUUUAGAGGCCUCAUGGCCACAUUUACAGCUGGUGUACGAGUUCUUCAUUCGCUUUCUGGAGAGUCAGGAGUUCCAGCCCAGCAUUGCCAAAAAGUAUAUAGACCAGAAAUUUGUCUUACAGCUGCUGGAACUGUUCGACAGCGAGGACCCGCGGGAGAGAGACUACCUGAAGACAGUCUUACACAGAAUCUACGGCAAAUUCCUGGGGCUGAGGGCUUUUAUACGAAAACAGAUCAAUAAUAUUUUUCUACGUUUUGUUUAUGAAACCGAGCACUUCAACGGAGUAGCCGAGCUGUUGGAAAUUUUGGGAAGCAUCAUCAACGGCUUUGCUUUACCUCUGAAAGCUGAACACAAGCAGUUCCUCGUGAAAGUGUUGAUUCCUCUGCACACAGUCAGGAGUCUCUCGCUCUUCCAUGCACAGUUGGCGUAUUGUAUUGUACAGUUCCUAGAGAAAGACCCCACAUUAACAGAACCAGUCAUCAGAGGACUUCUCAAGUUCUGGCCAAAGACCUGCAGUCAAAAAGAGGUGAUGUUCCUGGGAGAGCUGGAGGAGAUUCUGGACGUGAUCGAACCCACGCAGUUUGUGAAGAUCCAGGAGCCUUUGUUCAAGCAGAUCUCCAGAUGUGUCUCCAGCCCCCACUUCCAGGUGGCUGAGCGAGCACUGUACUACUGGAAUAACGAGUACAUCAUGAGUCUUAUUGAGGAAAACUCCAACGUCAUCCUGCCCAUCAUGUUCUCCAGCUUGUACAGGAUCUCCAAAGAGCACUGGAACCCGGCGAUCGUAGCUUUAGUGUACAACGUCCUGAAAGCCUUCAUGGAAAUGAACAGCACUUUGUUUGAUGAACUUACUGCCACCUACAAGUCAGACCGCCAGAGAGAGAAGAAAAAGGAAAAGGAGCGUGAGGAGUUGUGGAAAAAGCUGGAGGACCUGGAGCUGAAGCGAGGCCUGCGGAGCAACGCCAUUAUUCCCACUUAACGCUGCCUGCCCCGCCUUUUACACCGCCCCUGUAACACUCCCACGUCGUUGGCCACGCCCACACCGGCCUCCUUUUUUUUUGUUUGUUUUUGUUUCUUUCUUUUUUUCCGUUUAUGUUUAUUCCCUUUUUUUUUCCUUUCUGUAUCGUGCGACUUACUUUACUGUAGAUUUCCGUCGUCUCUCAUUAUUUCAGCAACACUGUAAAUAUUUUGUUCCUGCUAUAUUUUUUUUUUCCCUUCGAGAAUAUUACACUGAAAAUGAAAAGGACUUAAAAACAAAAAAAGGACUUAAAAAAAGAAAAAGAAAAAAAAAAAACACAGAAAAAGAGCUUGCUCGUCCGCGUGGGACGAGAAACGGACUUGACCGGAUGGUAGGAUCUGAAAUGAACUGCUACUGUGGAGAGAAACUCGAAUCAGCUACGAACAGAACCCUCACCGCUGUCGUUAGAGGGAAAGAUCCGUUCCCGCUAACGCUCGUCCAGACACACUCUCACUCCUUCUCUCUCUCUCUCUUUCCUUUUCCAUCCAUUCAUCUUGUCCCUGAUAAAUUUCCUCAGAACCUAUUAAUAACAGAAUCCUCAAAAUAGAAAAAGGCUAAACGCUAACCAGCAACCACACACACACACACACACACACACACACACACACACACACACACAAUCUCAUUAACAAACUUCUUUCCUAUUCUCUCGGUGCUGCCAGGAUUUUCCACUCAUUCUCUUUUGGGUUGGUUUUUUUGGACUUCCUUUCUUUAUUCUGCACCAGUCUGGCACUGGUACCAGUAAACUAACGCACACACACACACACACACACCAUUGCUGCAAAGACACCGAGGACCCAGCGUCCAUGCGCCAAACCUGAGAAGCCGGUAUCGUCUGUGUGUACGAGUGUGUGUGAGAGUUUCUUACAGUGUUAAAUGUUGUAACUGAAUGCGGCUCAUUGAUCUGUUGUUGAUUGAUCUAUUAGAACCUUUAGCGCAUUUAUAAAUAUAUAUAUUUUUCUUUAGGGAUGGUCACAGAGUGUUAAAUACGUAUUACUGAACACCACUCUCUGUUUAAAACCCCCCACCCCCCCAUCCCCAACC